CUUGUUGUCUUUGGCAGGAUGAAACGCCGGGGAAUAGCAGGUUCGGCAUCGGAGAAGGAUAGCUAUGAGUUCCUGUUGGCGGGAAUGUCAAGAGACUGGACUGCAUCCCCUCAGGCAUAGUCAGAAAGUGUCUCUCUUAAGAAGCCUGUGAGAACGUCUCUCUUGCACCAAGCUCUCCAAGUUCGAUUUCUGUCCUUCUCCUGCCAGCGAAGUCCCGGUUGAAUCUCUUCCAUACCGUCUCGGACCGGCCAAUACCAGUCAAUCGCCAUGUUGGCACCCAAGUUCCUCCUUCUCCUCCUCACCCUCCUUUUGGGGGUGGUCUUCGCGCGAGAUGCCACCGGCCUGUCCCUCCACGACAAGAGAGACCUUCAAACGCGCCAAGACGGCGGAGCACCCGCAGAAGCCGAAGAAGCCCCUAGACCAGACACCCCCCUAAGCCUCAUGCGCGACGAAACGAUACGACCGCCCGGAAAGGCAGUCCCUGUACGAGGUCAAGACGCGUUCCUAUGGUCCGGCGCUGCGCAGCUCCCCGAACCGCCGAGCGACGAUGAGUUGGUAGCGAUGACACGCGACGCUUACGACCUGAUGAUCUGGUAUGCGACAAGAGACCGGGUUCCCGAGACAAAACACCCCGGAUCCAUGACUGGCUUAUCGGUAGACAACAAAGUCUACUUCUUCUCGUCCCUCAAGGGCUCAGGGCUCAGUGUGUACGCCGAUCGCAAAAACAAGUCAGAUUCUACAGCCAAUCCGAAUGUCCCUUCCGGGGUGCAGGAGGCGCUCAAGAACUGCUAUCUAGCUAGCCAAAGAGCGGCCCAGGACGCGGGCGAGGGAGAUGGCCAGGCCCAGCACCGGACUGGGGCGUCGUGCGGGGAAGUCAUGGCCUCUUGGGCCUUCUUUAAUGAAAAUAAAGGUAGCAAUCUGGAGAAGGGAACGUUCGUCGCGUGGGGGCCCCAGAAACGGCGCAACGGGCAGCCCGUGUAUAAGAUUAUGCCUCCCUGUGGAGGUGGACAGAAUCCUGAGUGGGGUUGUGACAGUUUUCUGAAAAUGUUGGACGCCAGAGCGGUCGACCGGCGCGUGGAACCGGCCUCCCAUUAUGCCGAACCUAAGGUUGUGGUUCAUUUUCCGCUGAGGGGAUUCAUGCGUCGGCUAAAAUUGCGCGACUGACAUAAUAUAUAAAUACUUGACGGGGGGGGGGGUGCUAUAGAUCAGCUUGUACAUAAGCACGAAUCGACAGACCAGUCUCUGCAUACGAUAAUUAUCGUCUGUUGCCACAUGAGAAUCCCCGAGAAGUACGUUGUCAUUAGUAAAGAGCGACACAAUCUCGAAAAAAGGGAAAAAGAAAAGACAAUAUACAGCCAAGAUUCAAAGUUUAUCUCGCAAAGCGAUCCUUGUUGAUAUACUCUGCAGCGAAGUAACCAACAUCAGCAGUUUAAGUCUACAUAUAUAAUAAGUACAGUCUAACUAUGCAAGGACAAUAAAAAGAUGACGGUGUUUGGGAGGAAAGUAACCAAAGUGUAUCAUAUGCUCAUGUCUCGUCAAACAAUAUUCAAU